UAAUGGCUGUGAAUUAUCUGGGUAGUGUUUACCCAAGUCGAGCAGUCAUCGCUACCAUGAAGGAACGAAGGAUGGGAAGGAUCGUGUUUGUGUCGUCUCAGGCUGGGCAGUUAGGCCUGUUUGGUUAUACCGCUUAUUCUCCAACAAAGUUCGCUCUUCGAGGAUUGGCUGAAGCCCUGCAAAUGGAGGUAAAACCUUAUAAUAUCUACAUAACGGUGGCCUAUCCUCCAGAUACGGACACACCUGGCUUUGCAGAAGAAAGCAAAACAAAGCCCUUAGAGACGAAGCUAAUUUCUGAGACCUCAUCUGUUUGCCAAGCAGAGCAAGUCGCCAGAGUUAUAGUCAAAGAUGCCAUACAAGGGAACUUUAACAGCUCCGUUGGGUCAGAUGGUUACAUGCUCUCAAUAUUGACAAGUGGAAUGUCACCAGUCACUUCUAUUACUGAAGGUCUUCAGCAGAUUGUUUGCAUGGGCAUUUUUCGCAUCGUUGGCCUGUUUUACCUAGGAAGUUUUGACAGCAUAGUUCGCCGCUGCAUGAUGCAAAGGGAAAAAUCUGAAAGUGCAGAUAAAACUGAGUAAUCUUUUACUUGAAUUGAAAGAAGAACAUCGAAACAGUCCUGGACAGCUUGCUGCUUAAGCGGGACUCGGUUCUUCUCCUGAAGGAUUUUGACUGGAAGUACUUGCGUAUGUGGCAGAUGAGUCCCCUCAAAAGCUAGGAAAGAAAACAAAAGUACAGCUCCAGAAAAUGCCAAACUAUGCAAAAGUGUGAAUGAGGAUUAGAUUAAUUUUUUUUUUUUUUUGGUGAUUUAUGUUGGAGAGAAUUUGGGGAACUUCUAAGUGAUCCACAGAGUAGAAUUUGAGAUGGACUAUGUGCGGUAAUUCUGGACAGAUGCUUAAGUUUUCUCAUUGUGGUGCUUAUGG